CUGAACUCCACCUUGAGGCAGAAUGAGGUUCAUCCCAGGAUCUCUGCUUCUCACACUGCUGCUCUGCAGCCUCUCUCCAGUCCAUGGUGUUCUGGAGGCCUAUAAUACAAACUUAAAGUGUAAAUGCAUCCAACACACCUCAUUCUUCUUCCCCAUCCGCCACAUUGACCGGGUUCAAAUUGUUUCCCCUGGGAACGGGUGCCCAAACAUGGAAGUCAUAAUUUGGUUGAAGAAUAAGUCCGUUGUGUGCUUGAACCCUAAAGUCAAAUCAACAAAAAAAUUAAUGAAUGUAUUAUGGAGAAAAACUUUUCCUUCAACUCCACCAACUCCAGUAUCUAAGAGUAUGACUACCUGAGGCCCAUAUCCCCACUGAGGAUACCUGCAUUACCCCCUCAUUCCUGCUCUGGGUUUUAGUUUUGUGUUUGAUUGAAUCUUUCCCAAGAAAAAGUCUUCCACAUACAAGCAAGCAUGAGACUAUAUGUAAAAAUAACCCUGCAGAAGCUGAUGGGGCAAACUUGAGCUUUUUGCGAACACAGGACCCUAUACACUUGGAGUUUACAUUCUUAUUCAUCAAGGAGGAAAGUUUCUUUGAGGAUAGUUACUUAGUUAUAAAUCAUAUGCAUUUCUUCUGAUAAUAUACCUAUUGUUUAAUGCUAAAUUUUCCUGGAAAAUAAGGGAAUGAGAAGUUAAACCUCAACUCUGAACACGUGGCUUGAAUUAAGAAGGAAAUAAUGGUAUGAUUUCAAUCAAUCAUUUUACAUGCUAAGAAAACCAGGCUUCCAUAAGAGCCUGGAAAAGCUGCCUGGGAAACUCAUGGAACUUUGACAUGACAGCAGACAGAGGGCUUCGUAUAGUAGAGUCUUCUGUUUAAAAGCUCACUAUUGAGAGGAAUGGGGUCCUUCAAUUUUAAAGAGUUCCUUUAUAAGAUUUAUUGUCACACAAAAAAACUAAUAACAUUCAAAGAUCCCCAGACUUAAAUCCAUAGAAUAUCCAGGAAAAGCAUUUUAAGGGUGAUAUUCAGGUAUACUCCUUUAUGCAUUUGCUUUGAUGG